CACACGUGUGGUUAUGAAUAUACGAACAAUCUUCAUCGAAUGUUUACAGACAUGAGUUUAAGUGGAGAUCUCAAUAAAAGUUUUAGUGAUGGAUUGGCGAACACCGACCGCAAACUGGAAAUCAGCGCAUCAUUUCUUAUAUUGCAGGUAUCCUAAUGUUGUGUGACAGAGUUGUUCACGGUUAAACCAAGUCACUGAUUAGUUAGUUUGUGUAAAGAAACUUCACUAUAUCGAUCAUAAUGUUCAAGAUUAUAGUUUGGUACAGUUCAUACAAAUUCCCUGUCUGAAUUCUGAAACAGAAUUGUUUUAAGAAUUAAUCAAAACUGUGAUUUGAUUCCGAUUUCGGUCAUUUUAUCCUUAUGCAUUAUACGAAGUGUUUGGCUGAUCAACUGUAUGUUAAGUGCAUUCGCAAAUGCAGCGCGGAUUAUUGCAUCAAGCCACCAUUUCUGCAAGAUCCAUCGAGGCAAGAUCCGUCGAGGCAAGAUCCAUCGAGACAAGAUCCAUCGAGGCAAGAUCUAUCGAAGCAAGAUCCAUCGAGGCAUCUAUGAAGAAAUUUGUCCUUAAAAUAGAGCACCAUGCUUCCUGUAGUGUGGUUCACUCAUGACGCUACGCUCAAGCCAGGGCAAGAAACAGGAACUUGUAUACAUUAGACCUGGAUUAGUAUGCCCAAAGAAUUCGUUUGGUUGUAAAAUCGUUCAGUUUUAUAAUCUGUUCAGUUUUAUUUGCUUUUGUUCGGUGUGAGUUUAGUUGUAUUAUGUUCAGAAGUAAUUCUCUCUUUUCUGAAAUACUUUGUUCAAUUUCCCUUUUCAUUAUGGAUUGUAUUUCUUCCAUGUCAUGUCGCAUUAUCGGAGAAAUAGUUUUGAAGCCAUUCUUGGCCUUCUCAACAUCUCCCAUUUUCGAUAAAUCUAAAACAAUACAGGUUUAUUCGCAUAUGAAAAUGAGAAGUUCGGCGCAAGUCAACUUUUUGGCGUAUACUAAGGAAGUAUUUUAUACGUUUCGGUAUGGUACGCUUGAAGUGGAAAACGGCCUUAAUUUCAGUGAAAUCCACCUCGUAAUUAAACAUGUUAAUGCUUUAAAACUUUGAUAUAUAUCUUUCAGUCAGGGGCGUGGCCUCUAGCUCAGAUUGCUGUUUCUACACUAACAAUACCUCAAGAAUUUGUUGAUGCAAUUACAUUGGUACGUUCAAUCUAAUUUACAAAUAGCAACAUAUAUACUGUGACAUUAGAGGAAAAUUUAUAGAGAUUUAUUACUGCGGAUUUCAUCGCACUGUGGCACUCAUCAAAAUAUUUGUCUUCAUAAUUUUUUAUAUAAUGCUCAACUUUAAUAAUUGUUAAUGAACAUGUUCCUUAAUUUUUAACAGUUUGAAGAGUUCUAUAACAAGCGAUUCAAUGGACGGAAAUUAUCGUGGCUCCAUCACCUUUCAAAUGGUAAGAUAGUCAUUAAUUGUUGCCUUAAUACCAUUUUUCCAGAAAUUGGAAAUUAAUACAUCAUUCGAUUCCAUGCUACUGUCUCGGCGUUUUUCGUUUGCACCAACACAUCAGGUGCGGAAAAAGUAUCUCACCACGGAACCAUUGGUCACAGUAAAUUUUUUGAGUUCCCACAAAAUAUUUCCCCAAGAAAGAAAAAAAAUAAUUGUAAAAAUUUGGAUAAAAGGAGAAAUUCGGUGGAAAAAUUCUAACCAAUAGAAAGAAUGUUACCUGCACUGUGGGUAUGACCUCAGAUUAAAUGCAAUUAUAUGUGCAUCUAUCUUAAUAUAGUGCAAUAGUAAGUGCAUGUAUAUAGACUACAGAAUGAUAUAGCAAAUGUUUUAUGGUAAAUGCAUUUUUAGGCAAUCUGAGACUCUUAAUUUUCAAAAUUUUCCCCAGUAGUGUUCUUUUUUGGCAUCUGUAAAUUUACCUUAAUUAACAUCAGACCCCUGAUGCAUGUUAUUUAAAAUAAUUUUAUGUUAUAUUCCUAAAAGUAUUAUUAACUAAAGAUUCUCAGUGCGCUGAAAUUAUUUUUCUGUUAAUAAAGCAUGACAUUCAGUUUGACAACUUGCUGGUGUUACACCGUUACAGCGUCCGAGUGUCGAUUUACUUGAUUAUUCACAGAAUUUUUUUGCAAUGUUCCCUUUCGUCCAAGAAAGAAAAAUAUUUGUCCCACCUCUGCUACAUAUCUACAUUUUGAGCAUGGUGUAUGCCAGGUUGUGUCUAUCGCUUUCAGUGGUAGAUGCCAAAGAAUGUCACUCUACAAUGGCAGAUACUUCGCAAAUAUUUUAUGGGGGUAAAUAAAUUUAUGUUGCUAAUAUUUCGCCUUCUUUCUGUAGCUCGUAAUCUCUGUUAAAGAAAAAUGGCAAAAGAAAUGAUCUCGUUUCUCUAAUUUGAAAGAAUUCUCAGUUUAUUAACAAAUUCGUUUGACAAAUUCUCCCAAUCUAUCUUAAUUUUUGAGAUAUUUGGAACCAAACAUCCUGCCAUCCGCCAUCUUGUUUUAGAUCUAAUUACAUGAUGUCACAACCAGGGUAGACGUUUUAAACUAAAAAAUAAUGUCAGCUUAAUAUGCAUAGAAUUGCGUGUAAGAUACAAAAUAAUUUCACCCAGAUUGUGACCUGACGAGUAUCCGAGUCAGAUGUGCAUAUCCAAAGGUGGAUAUGCAUAAUGAUUUUGUUUGAAAUGAAUGGUAAUAUCUUCUAUACCAAGAAUGACGAUAAUGAACAUCUGUAAGUAAGUAGUAUAUACAGCAUGAGCGACUGUGUUGUAUAAGAUAUAUACAAACUCGAGCGAAAGGAGAGAGGUUACUGUAUAUAUAUAGUUCGUGAAACGCAAAGAUUUAAACAGUCGUGUUUUAAAAUCAUGGAAAUGAUUUUAACUGAGAGAGUCGAGGAAAAAGAUUAUGCAAAUCAGGAGAAUUUUGUGUGUGUGGAUACAACACCUCAUUUAAACAUUGAUUUCUUCAUGAAUUAUUAAUUAUUUAUUGAAUCACUCUUCCAAAAGGGGGAAACUUAAUUUUGAUUGCUACAUCCCUUUAACAUUUUUGGGUAACAUUUCGUGCCUAAAUGAUAGCCUAUAUCACAGCCUUCAAGGUAGUAAAACUGAAGUCUUUGUUACAGCUUCGUAUUUUCAGAGUGAAGGCGCGAUUCAGCAAGGCGACGCGAUUUUUCAGUUUUUGAAACUUAACAAAACCGUCUAUGAAAGGAUAUUUUAAAUGGAACAUAAUUUGACCAAAUAACUAAAUAUUUUAAAAACUUAAGCUAAAGUGACAUUUAAAAUCGCGGCUAGGAAUCUCGCCGCGUUGUUGAAUCGCAUUCAGUUUGCAUUUCUGGGCUUUUACUGAGGAAUUACCCUCCCCCUAAACCCCCUUCCCCUAAACCCCCUCCCCUCCCCCUAAACCCCCUUCCCCAUCCCCCUCUGUAGUCUCCGGUUCUGCCUCUAUUAAUGUACCAAUAUAAUUAGCAUAUAACACACUACAAUAGCCAAACUGCCAUUGUCUUAAAUUCUUGUUUGUUUUGUAGGGGAAGUUCGUUUGAACUUUUUAAAGAAAGGAUAUAUCGUAACGGCAUCAAGUUACCAAAUGGCUGUUUUACUUUUGUUCAAUCAUUCAGAAUCCCUUAGUUACAGGUAA